UCCGAAAAGACCAAGAACCUCUCGAAUCCAAUCCAGAUCCUCCUUUUUCUUCAAUUGACGGCCUUGUGUUCUUUACACCUCCCGUCAUUAUGUUCAAGCUCGCACGAAGCAGGCCCUUUGCGGCUGCAUUUAAGCCAAGCAAGGCCUACUCGCCGUCGCGAUUAGCUGGUGUUGCACAACAAAAGAGAGCUUUGAGCAUACACGAGUACCUAUCUGCGGAUCUUCUGAGACAGUAUGGCAUUGGUGUUCCCCAAGGCUCAGUUGCAACCACUGCUGCCGAAGCUGAAGCCAUUGCGAAGAAGAUUGGCGGAGAUGAUAUGGUUAUCAAGGCACAAGUCCUUGCAGGUGGACGAGGAAAGGGGACAUUCGACAAUGGAUUGAAAGGAGGCGUUCGCGUUAUCUACUCUCCAACAGAGGCCAAGAUGUUCGCAGACCAAAUGAUCGGCCACAAGCUUGUCACAAAGCAAACAGGUGCCCAAGGACGUCUCUGCAAUUCCGUGUAUAUUUGCGAGCGUAAAUUCGCACGUCGCGAAUUCUACCUGGCAAUUCUGAUGGAUCGCGGAUCUCAAGGACCAGUUAUCGUGUCCUCAUCGCAGGGAGGUAUGGAUAUCGAGACCGUUGCUAAGGAGAACCCAAGCGCCAUCACGACUACAUUCAUCGAUAUCCACAAGGGUGUUACAGAUGAUAUUGCCCGAAAGAUUGCUACAGAUCUUGGCUUCAGCGAGCAAUGUAUCGAGGACGCCAAGGACACCAUCCAGAAGCUCUACAAGAUUUUCAUGGAGAAGGAUGCCACCCAGAUCGAGAUCAACCCUCUCUCGGAGACAUCUGACCACAAGGUUCUCGCAAUGGAUGCUAAGCUCGGAUUCGAUGACAACGCCGAGUUCCGUCAAAAGGAGAUCUUCUCGUGGCGCGAUACCACCCAGGAGGAUGCCGACGAAGUCAAGGCUGCUGAGAGUGGCUUGAACUUCAUCAAGUUGGGAGGUGAUAUUGGCUGCCUGGUCAACGGUGCUGGUCUUGCCAUGGCUACCAUGGAUAUCAUCAAAUUGAACGGAGGAGAGCCAGCCAACUUCCUCGACGUCGGAGGUGGAGCUACUCCACAAGCCAUUCGCGAGGCUUUCACUCUCAUUACCAGUGACCCUAAGGUUACUGCCAUCUUUGUCAACAUUUUUGGAGGUAUCGUCAGAUGCGAUGCCAUUGCCCAGGGUCUCAUCAGCGUUGUUGAGAGCAUGAACCUCAGCAUCCCAAUCAUCGCCAGAUUGCAAGGAACAAACAUGGAGGCAGCACAGAAGUUGAUCAAUGAUGCUGGUCUCAAGAUCUUCUCUAUCGAUGACCUGCAAAACGCCGCCGAGAAGGCUGUACAAUUUUCGAAGGUCGUCAAGAUGGGUACGUCUCCAAAACCCCUUUUCUUGAACGUUCACUAACGAGAAAUAGCUCGUGAUAUUGACGUGGGAGUUGAAUUCUCUCUUGGUAUUUAAGCGGUCCUGCCAUUUGGUGCGUUUCCUUGUGUAUUGAUUCCCUCGUCCUUAGAUGACUGGCGAGUAUGUAUAAUGCAACCGUUCUUGUGCCA